AUGGGAAACCCCGUAACCGAGCUCGCCUACAUCACCGUCAAAGAGGGUCUCGAGCGAGAUGCCCUGAAUGAGUCCACCCCAGCCGGCCAAGCCUUUGCCUACAUGAUAGAUAUGGUCAUCAAGGCGCCCGGCGCCCGCGAGGCUCACUGGGGGCCAUCUGUCGAGAACUCCAGGCAGAUCUGGAUCUUGGUCGCUUGGGACGACAUUCAAGAUCAUCUCAACUACCGCGAGACUGAAACCCUUGCCGAAGUCACGCGCAGGCUCUCUCCUCACGUCGACAUCCCAGCCGGCUACCAGAUCUGCCAUGUCAACCCACCCGUGACUCCUCCGUUCAACAUCUCAGGCUGCCCCGUGGUCGAGAUCCUCUCCUUGUGCUUCCCCAGCGAUCUCGAGGCCGAAAACAAGAAAGUCGUGGAGAAGAACUUCGACUUGUUUAUCGAGAAGGCCAUCACCCCAGCCGGCUUGUGUAGAGGGAACGCCCAGGGCUGGACCGUUGAGACAAACGUUGAGCUGCAGGGCGAGCCUGGCAGCAGCUUCUUAAUCUACGUCGCCACGCUUGCAUGGGACAGUGUAGAGCAGCACCAGGAAAAUCGCGAGCUGGAUAUCUUCAAAAAGAACGUACAACUCCUCCGCAACCUGCCCGGCUUAGCCAAGCUGAAUUCUUUCCAUGUGCAGGCCAAGUCUGUGUACUCUUAA